AUGGCUUCCCACUCACGAAGAAUACCUCUAAACGAUCGGCGUACCUCGCUCGGAGCCCAACACAACCCCCUUGUCAUUGACGAUGAUGACAACCUCGGAGAAAUUGCCCAUCGGGCUCGGAGAAUUGAGGAAGAAGCCCAGACUGGUCGGCGACUUGCCGAAUGGGUAGCAUCUCACGUCCACCAAACAAGUAGCAGCAGACCCGGGAGCAGCAGCCCACCUGGAGACGACUACCAAGAGCUCCAAAUGGAACAUGCUUUAGAGGAAGACAUUUCCCGAUUUGUUGACUUAACUGGCGACGACUCUCGCGCUCAGAGAAGACCCGCAGUGGCUCCGAGGCAGAGCAAACGAGAAAUCCCAAACUACCAUUUGCCAGAUGGGGCUCAGAUCCGACCAGGGAUGACAGUGGAACUCAAAGACCCGGUAGGAGCGUUCCAGAUUGAGUUCCUUAGGAUUUCCAGCAUUGCCAGGCUUGGAUCGGGCCCCGAAGCAGUGAUACGGGGAUUGGGAUUUACCCGUACUCGGCAGCUGGAUGGGAUGUUGCUCCCCAAGCUCAACGAGGUGGCAAUGAUUGCCGAGAUUCGCGGUUCUAGCGGAAGGCAGUGGAAGGAGGCCAUGGUCGAGGUAAAAUCGACCGACAUCCAACGCGUGAGAAUUCUCCGAAUCACGAGUGCGCCCUUCCCAGAGCACCGAUUUGGGGACGUCGAAUACGCCACCAAGGGAAGACGAUGGGUGGAGCAAAACUCGGUCCUCGUUUGCAGAUACCGGUACGAUGUCUGCUACCACGACGGCAACGACAAACCGCACGAAUGGGCCCUGCAGAGGAUUUGUGAGGAAGAUGCGGAUCCGGAUUUCAAAAUGUCUAACGCCAAUAACCUGAAUCGAUGGCGUGGUGGCAAGGUUCUGGGAGGAUCAUAUAACCCCCGCGGAUCAAGCCAUCCGGUGCUAGACCUGGAAUCAGGCUCAUCGGGCCACGUCCGUCCCACAAAUCUCUCUCCCGGUCAACGCUAUACGGCGGGCGAUGUGUUUUCUGGCGCAGGAGGGGCCUCACGAGGCAUCGAGCGCGCAGGGGUUCAAUUGCUCUUUGCAGUAGACCACUGGGCGCCAGCUGUGGAGUCCUUGAAGAGCAACUUCCGUGAAAGCCGAAUCUACGAUAUGGAUGUCGCGAGUUUCAUCACCUCGAGCGAUACCCAUUGGCGAGUCGACAUUUUGCACCUCUCGCCGCCAUGUCAAUUCUGGUCGCCAGCACACACUGUGGCAGGGAAAAACGACGCACACAACAUCGCCGUCUUGUUCUCGGCUACACACCUGGUGGAAAACCACAAACCGAGGGUAUUUACCGUUGAGCAGACGUUCGGAAUCCUGAGUCCCAAGUUUAAAGAAUUCUUUAAUACCUUUCUUCACGGCUUCACCAAACUCGGGUACUCGGUCAGAUGGAAGAUCGUGCCACUUGCCAGUUACGGCGUACCACAGUUGCGAAAGCGACUAAUCAUGAUCGGCUCAGCCCCCGGGGAACGGCUCCCCCCCCUCCCGCCCCCAACCCACAACAAGGACGGUACUUGUGGGUUGAAGCCCUGGGCAACUCCAAAAUCAGUACUGUCCUCAAUCUCGCCAACCCUCAUUCAUAAACUCCACGAACCCCAUCUCAGCAAAAGGUUCGACCCGCCAAAGGUGCCUUGGGAUGCAACAAAGCUUGCAAAAACCAUCACCACAAACGGUGGUCAGAACUACCACUGGGAUGGUGAGCGGGAUUUCACCCUUCUCGAGUAUGCAGUGCUCCAGGGCUUCCCGACCUGGCACAAGUUUGAGGGGGCUUAUAUAAAGAAGCAAAUCGGCAACGCCUUCGCCCCUUCCGUUGUAAAAGUCUUGUACGACCACCUUGUCGAUUGGUUGUUGGUUCAAGACGGGUUCGACCCUUCCGUCCGUCGCAACCCUUUCGCCGGGGUACCCAGCGAUGUCUCUCCUGAGAGGUACAUCUGUCUUGAUGACAGUAACAAUACGCACAACACCAGCAACCCCUCCGCCCAUAGACUAAGCGAUGUCGUCCAGCAGUUGAACCAAGCCGCCAAGGAUGAGAACCGGGACUACGACAUGAUGGAUUUGGACGAGCUUUCGGACACGGAGACGUUGCGCGGCGAUGAGGAGGGUGGGCAGGACACUGCGAUGGGAACUAAACUAGCCAUUGAUUUGACAAUGGAGGGGUGGGGUCGGGGAACAGCAGUUGACCCGUUUGUGCUAGCGGAUUAA